AUGCACCAACAACGUGGCCGAAUACUGGCAUCUGGAUUGCCAAGGAGAUGGGUGCAACAAGGCUGCACUGCUUCGACGACUCCGAUCUCCGAACACGUCGUCGAAUGGAUCGACAAGCGCAAGAAUGAGGAUGCUGACGCGCUCUCCAGGCUUGGAUCCAAGCGACAACCACCCCCACCGGGCAUCUUCCUCGACAUCCUCACCCACCCGUCGGUGCGAGUAUCCCGUGAGGUUGACAUUGCUGAGCCACCCGCACUCGACUCCGUGCUAGUCACAGUCAUCUCGAACGCUGGGGACUGGACGGAACCGUACAUCAACUACUUCGAGUGGCAAGUCCUGCCCAUGGACGAAACGGAGGCACGUAUGAUCGUGCGCCGAUGCAAGUCCUUCACCAUCAUCAACCAAGAGCUUUAUAAGCGCAUCAUAUCUAGAGUGUUUCAGCGGUGCGUCACCGCCGAAGAGGGACGCAAAAUCCUGCGCGACAUACACGCAGGGGACUGCGGCCAUCACGCGGGCGCAUGCUCGAUAGUGGCCAAAGCCUUUAGACACGGCUUCUACUAG